UGUAAUGUGUAAGCAGUGCUUAUCAGUGAUCAGAAGAACACAUGAAGAAGCAGCUCUUAGCACGGACAUGCCUUUCCUGCAUUUGUAAAAUUGAUUCAUAACUGACCCAGUGAUUCCCUGGGAUCUGUCCACAGAAGAGUCUUAGCCAUCUUUAUCCAAACCCUGAACAGCACAACAAAACCAGGCUUCAGGUACACACAAACUUGAAUUACUUCUGCAGUAAUGGUAAACAAACAUUCUGGAAGAAGGUUUUAUACCAUGUAUCAUGGGACAUCGGUAAAUGCAGCCUACAGUAUCAUCAACAAUGGAUUUCAAGUCUCAUUGAAUGGGAUGUUGGGGAGAGGAGUCUAUAUUAGUAAAGAUGUGAGGAAGGCUUCAAAAUAUCCAGGAGGUCAGGUAGAUAAAGUGGUUUUGAAACUUAGUGUAAGGGUGGGAAAGGUUAAGAAAAUUGACCGUCAAGACCACCCACUGCGGCUCACCUGGCACGAUCAUGGAUAUGACUCUGCUUGGGUGCCUCCAGGAUGUGGCAUGGUGCCUAGUGGCCAGGAAGAAGACUGUGUUUAUGACCCUUGGAGGAUCAAAGUGACUGAUGUUGUGAGGGGUCCUCCUGAACACGUCCAUUCUUUAAAAGCAGUUCCAACAGAGGCAAGGUUCUAUACCAUGUAUCAUGGGACAUUGGUAAACGCAGCCUACAGUAUCAUCCAACAUGGAUUUCGGGUUUCUGAGGAUGGGAUGUUGGGGAGGGGAGUCUAUGUUAGUAGAGAUAUAGAGAAGGCUUCAAAAUAUCCACUAGGUCAUGGAGAUCAUGAGAAAGUGGUUUUGCAGCUUAAUGUAAGGGUGGGAAAGGUUAAGAGGAUUGACAGUCAAGACCACCCACUGCGGCUGACCUGGCAUGAUAAAGGAUAUGACUCUGCUUGGGUGCCUCCAGGAUGUAGCAUGGUGAAUAGUAACCAGGAAGAGGACUGUAUUUAUGACCCUAGUAGGAUAAAAGUGAUCGAUGUUGUGAAGGGUCCUCCUGAACACGUCCAUUCUUUAAGACAUGAAAUUGGAAACCAAUGA